AUGCAUCUCAUAGCACACAACGUGCCAAAUCUACACGGUGCCACUUUAUCCUCACAACAUCCGGAAUCUUCCGGUUUACCAGUAGCCACAGUCAGCCGCCUACAUGAUAUAUGGUUGUCGGCCACUACGCCGAAACAGUCAUGUCGCUUGCUUGCAACAGAGAAUCAGCAAUAUACUAAGAUGGAGCAUCUAAAUUGGCGCACGAAGCUUCUCAGUUUGAUCUAUCAACCCUAUUUAGCCGACCUUCUGCCACGGCUUCUUGCCUCCCCACUCACUUCUCCGUAUGCCUUGCGCACGCACAUCGGAUUGAUUUUACUUUGCUUUGCGUCUAAAGAUGAAGCUCAUUUUCCUAAUGCAAUGCACCAGCUUGUCGCUUGGUGGUCUCUUCGACUCUCUGCUCCUGUUCGCCUCAUCCUCUCUCGAGAAGACGACUUGCCGCCUGUUACUUCGCCUCAUGCAACACUCAUUUCCACCCCAACUGCAAUUCAAACAGUCGGCUCCUCAGUAGCGCCUGUUUCUGUAACUGCAAUUCUGUCAGAAGCAAUCGGUCGCCCCAGUAUAAAGGAUUCUAGCGAGGAAGAUCGUGAGAUUGCAAUCCAACUGGCGAUAAAGGCAGCCCACGAUAUUGUUGAAACGUGGUCAGCCACUCCGCUUUCCCUGCAGACGGUAGCAGUAUUGGAAUAUUUGGCUAAAGUGUGUGGUCUCUUAACAUAUCAUUUUUUACUUGAAUUUUUUUCAUCAAAAAUUGUAUUGAUACUUUAG